UUCCACCUUUAUAUCUCUUCAGCUUCGUCGCCAGCUUGAUAUCACUCCAUUAUUUUAUUUUAUUUUACGAGUACAUCCUUCUUUAUAUAGACUCAAACGCAUUGCAUUCUCCAUUGCAUUAUCAUUCCCCAACACCACUCCGCCACCCCUCACUCAGUCUCUCUCUCUCUGAGUUCAUCUGGAGAGGAAUUAGGAGAGCUUGGUCACAUUAGGGAGCAACAUAAGAUUUAUGAAAAACAUGGAAUUUCCCACGAUUUUUAUCGCCAUAGUGCUUCUUCUGUGUUCUUCAUCGACAUAUGCUCAAACUGCUAAAUCUCCCUCAAUUAGCCCAACUCCAGCACCAGCACCAACACCAGAAAAUGUAAACCUCACAGAGUUACUCACUGUGGCUGGUCCAUUCCACACCUUCCUCGACUACCUUGAGUCCACCAAAGUCAUAGACACCUUCCAGAACCAAGCAAACAACACUGAGGAAGGAAUUACCAUCUUUGUACCAAAAGAUAGUGCCUUCUCAUCUCUUAAGAAAUCUUCUCUGUCCAAUCUCACUCAAGACCAGCUCAAGUCAAUCAUUCUCUUCCAUGGCUUGGCACAUUACUACAGCCUUGCUGACUUCAAGAACCUUAGCGAAUCAAGCCCUGUAUCUACCUUUGCCGGUGGGCAAUACACUUUGAACUUCACUGAUGUAUCUGGGACAGUGCACAUUAGUUCAGGAUGGACAAACACCAAGGUGAGCAGCAGUGUGCACUCCACCGAUCCUGUUGCAAUCUAUCAAGUCGAUAAGGUCCUUCUUCCUGAGGCAAUAUUUGGCACGGAUAUACCUCCAACCCCGGCUCCAGCACCAUCUCCAGACAUUUCCCCGGCUGCAGAUACUCCGUCUGAAGGGACUGCUGAUGGCAAGUCAUCUCCAACAUCUUCACCAGGGAAAUCUUCUUCUUACAGGGUGAUCAGCUGGGGAAUUUGGAGCCACUUGGUUUUGGCACUUUCAGGUGUGCUGGUCUUGUUCUUGUGAGGGAGGAUUUGUUGAGCCUUUUAAUUUAUAUUUAAGAGGUCAUUUUCGGAUUCUGUUCAUUUGCAUUGAUUGAAACCAUUUUUUUGAACAUAUAUGUUAUUGAAUUUCUGUAUGAGAAUGUGAGUUCCGUCGUUCAGUUGCCUUUUGUUUGUUCAUAUACACUACAAUAGUUGUACACAAUUCUCUCAAACUUCAAUAGUGUCAUAAUGUGAGUCUGGCUUGAUGCUCGAGUUUUGUACUGCAUAAUCUCAGUACAUUGUCCGGUAUUCCUUCUAUUAAUGUAAAGCUUAUUGAAUUGGCACAUACUCA